CGUUUACUAUACAAGGAAUACUUGUACCAUUCAAUACUAGUGGGGGUUGACAUCGUGUCAUGUGCUAUUCAUCCUAUGCAUCUGGUUAGCUGUCGUUUCCCAACUCUACGGAGAACCAAUAACUGUGCUUGAUUCCAGCAUUGGGAGACCUAGUCACCAUGUCGAAGAGAAAGAGGUCUGAAGUUGGCUCCUUAGGGGAUGAUCAGACAUAUUAUGAGCAUGAACUCACAAAAGGUACGCUACCUCAUACGGAAGCUGGAGUUUUCCUGCCUCGUCAUAGUUUUGCAAAGGAAACUUCCACGUUCAUUAUGGAUGAUGAUGCUUUUGUGAACAAUGCCAUUCAUUGUAGAAAGCUUCAAAGUGAACUAAGCCAGGGUAUAAACGCAAUAGUCUCAUCGGAAGGAGGAGAACGGUCGAUUCAGAAGCAACAACAGAACAUUCUAUGGAGUUUGGUACAGUAUGUAAGCAGAGAUGAUACUAAUGUGAACGAAGAAAUUUUCGCAAGUGUGACCCAACUGGCCAAUGACUUGAUACUCUCAUCUGUGACUCGAUACGAGUUGAAAACCAAGAAUAGGAAAGAAAUAGAUUGGAUAGAUGGUUGGAUUGAAGAAGCAGAAUAUACAAAAGGGAAUUCUCAUUUAGAAUCCGCGAAUUGGUCUGUUCAUCAACUUGUAUAUGAAUUGCUUUUACAAGUUUUAUUGUCCCAGAGUUCCCGGGAUUCACGUGUUAUAGUUGCUUACUGGAGAGUGGACUCGCUUAAAAAACUGUUAGACCUCUUUGGUUCUCCUGAUUCGAGGGAAAGAGAUUACAUUCUUUCUAUUAUUCAUGUGUUCUACAAAUCGGUAGUCAAGUUUCGUCGUACCAUUCGAAAAUUUAUUUGUAUUCGAAUUCAGUCCAUUGUUUUUGAUGAAGAGGAGUCCACACAAGGUAUAACCGAGAUGUUGGAAUUUUGUUGUUCAAUCAUUCGUGGUUUUGCUGUUCCACUUAAGAAAGAACAUGAAGAUUUCCUUAUGCGAUGUUUGUUACCAUUGCAUAAACUUGUGAAUAUGGAGUCAUUUUAUCCACCUUUGCUUUUUUGCAUAAUGGCGUUCUUGGAAAAGAAUCCUUGUUUGGCACCUCGUGUAUUAGAUUACUUGUUAGGUUGUUGGCCAAUAUCGAACAGUUCGAAGGAGGUGUUAUUUCUCAAUCAUUUGGAAGAGAUUUUGGCAGCAAUUCCUGCCGAUAUUCUGAAGGAUAUUAUAUGUAAAGCUGUUCGUCGUAUUGGUUUAUGUAUGGCAAGUUAUCAUUCCCUUAUUUCACAUAGGGCUUUUCUUAUGUUAGAAAAUGGUCAAGUAUGGUGUCUUUUGCUACUUUUUCGAGAAAGUACUUUUCCUGUUUUGACACAUUAUGCAGAACAAGUUGCUUCAAGUCAUUGGAAUAGCAACAUACUACAAAUUGCAUCUAGGUGGUGCCAUCGUCUAAGAACUUUGAACUAGCUAGUUGAUUUUUCAGUAUUAGAAUUUCCUUCAAGAAACUUUGUAUAAAUAGUAUUUGUCUAUGGAAGUAUAAAAGACAUUGGGCAAUU